AUGCCAGAUCCUGACCCCAUGACUCUACCAGAUAUCGACCGCCGUAGUCCCUAUUAUGUGCGUGUUGCCGAACCUCCCCCAUCGAAAAGAGCACCACCUUCAUCAGAGGGGGAUGCUAGCUCCGAUGAUACUGCCACUGAAACUACCCCAGAUGAAAAUUCGACACCAUCGGACGAGAAGCAAGCUACCACUCCAAAAGAUGAAGCACAAGCAUCACCUGAUGAUGGUGGAUCUUCCCCUUCAAGUACUCCCGAAGAAGAGAAACCUGAUACAUCACCAACGGAUGAGGAUACGGCACCAACAACAACAGCUGAUGCUCCAAAAGAUACCACGACACCUGUUGAUGAUAAUGGGGAUAAAAGUGAUGAGCAACAACAUGAGAAGGAAACAAAGGCUGAUGCCACCCCUACCGAAACGAAUGAUGCUGACGCACAGACACCAGCUCCUACAACAACCGAAAUAGAGGAAUCUGAUUCGACAACGAGUGCUCAUGGUGGUGGUGAAGAAACGACCACUGCUAUUGAGGAUGGUGAUGAUUCUACAACAACAAUGGCAGGUGGCGAAGAAACAACCACUGCUAUUGAAGAAGGUGAUGCAUCUACAAUAACAAUGGCCGAUGAAGAAACACCUACUCCUACCGAAAGUGGUGCUGAUUCUACCAUGGCAGAUCAAACGCCUACUCCUACAGAGGAUGGUGAUGCUGCAACGCCAACAAAUGAUAACGUUUCAGAGACAUCUGGUAUUCCAUCGGAGGAAACAUCAACUAUGGAAGAUGUCUCAUCAAUGGGAUACCCUUCUGAGACACCUGAUAUGUCAUCAAUGAGUGAUCAACAACCAUCUGCAAGUGAUAGUUUCAGUGAUGGCACUCCCGUAUCAGCAAGUGAUAGCGCAAUGAAUUCGUUACCAGCAUCCAGUGGUGCGUCAUCGGCAAUGAUGUCUGAUCCUGCCGAAAGUGGUGCAUCAAUGGAUAGUAGCAGCGGCGUGUCAGCAUCAAGUGAACCCACGAGUGGUGUUGAUCCUGCAUCUUCUUCAGCUAUUGCUUCCGAUUCAAUGGCAUCAGGAUCAUCUCAAGAUAGUAGUAUGGAUCAAAGUAGUGUUACCCAACCAAGUGAGCAACCUACGCAACCACCAUCAUCACCACCAGAGUCCACCACUACCCAACCCCCUGAUACAACGACUCCUGAACCAUCACCCGAUACCACUACGACAACUCCUCCACCCACCACAACCACGCCUGAUCCAACAACUACAACAAAGGAUAAGGAUGAUGAUCCUACAGUGGGCAUCCAGCAAGCAAUGACAACUCGAACAUUUUCCAUCACCUCUUCAACAGCAACACCCUCUUUGGUUUUGGGCCAACAAGAAUGUGGCAAUGACCCAGUGGCUAUGGAUGGCAGAUGUCCUGAUGACUAUUUUUGUAAUGCUGCUACACAAGCUUGUGUCCAACUCAAAAAGCUUAGUGAUCAGUGCUAUGAGGACUUUCAAUGUCAAUCCACCUAUUGUGGUGAUAAUGGUACUUGUGUAAAUGCUCCCGAGCAUCAAGAUGACCAAGCAUUAUCAGGUGGCCAAAUUGGUGGUGCUGUAGCUGGUUCAGUGAUUGGCGCUUUGGUCCUUGUUUGCCUCUUUGUACUUUUCCGAAGACGAUCCCAAGCAGCUCGACGACGACAAGCACGCGAACGUCAUUUCAAUAAUUUGAUGCAAACCGAAGAAAACAUGGCUAUGGGUACCGAUGGACCACGCAAUGCUCGUAUGUCCAAAUACAACUUUUUGGCGCAAAUGAUGGGAUCCUCCACACAACAUUUGCCAUCCACCAAUGUUGCCAAUCCUGCUCCUGGUGCUGGUGGAGCUGCUGCUGCUGUACCCGAAAUGCAACAAUAUCAUCAUCAUCCACCAUCACCUCCACAACAACAACAGCAACAAGCCGUCUAUAACAGCUAUGGUGAAUGGGUAGGCGGACUUGGUGAUCAUAGCAACGACCAAAAUUACUAUGCUACGAUCAUGACAGGCCCUGAUUGCAACCAUUCAAGAUCACCUAUCCCACCACCACAACAAGAGGAUCAAAAUUACUACGCCACUGUUAUGACAGGCCCUGAUUGCAAUCAUUCGAGAUCACCUAUCCCACCACCACAACAAGAGGAUCAAAAUUACUACGCCACUGUUAUGACAGGCCCUGAUUGCAAUCAUUCAAGAUCACCCAUUCCACCACCCACGGACUAUACACCUGUUACUCGUGAACCAGGUGUUGUUGCUGCAGCUGACAAUCAUUAUCAACAACAAUCCUCCCAACAACGACACAUGUCCUAUUUGCCACAGCUUAACCCUGGCCCAGUAGCACAACAGCAACCUCCUCACACCAUGGACUCGAAUCCUUUCAGACGCACUACACAAGAACAGGAUCUGGCAUCCUACGCUUUGGCUCAACAAUCGGCAGCCGCACAUCAUUUUAACCAACAGCAACCUCCUUCGUCCAACCCACAAUACCAAUAUUUUUAA